UCUUUGGAAUAAUUGAUGAUCGCACAAUUCAACAUAACCCUUCGUUUGUCUUCCUUCUUCGUCCACAUCUCCGUCUUUCUCACACCUGACACACUCUCUCUCCCCAUCUUGCUCCGCCAUGGCUACAAUAAUUCAGCAUUUUCCACAUCAUUCUUCCUUUUUUGCAGGGCUUUCUCAAUUUUUGGGGAAUUAAGCUGCUGAUUUUGAUCAAAAUCUCAUCUCAGUUCUUCUGUCAGAGUGUCAGAUUAGAAUGGAGGUUUUAGAAUGGUUGUGACAUCGGACACUCUAAUUUGGCUUGGUCAAGUCAAGUGUAGUGGUAAUUGUGGAUAUAUUUCCAGGAAGAUUCAAGUUGCUGAUAAACAAGUGAAUGAUAGUGAACCAACAACACUUGCCAUUGCAUUUGACACAAUUUUUGACACAAGCAAAGAUGGUGAAUUCAGAAAAUAUGCUGAUUGUUCUUGGAGUUAUUGGAAACGUCACCUCUUUCUUCGUAUUCGCCUCACUACUGCCUACAAUUUGGAGAAUUUGGAAGAAUAAAUCAGUGGACGAAUUCAAAUAUCAUCCUCUUGCUGUUGGUAUAAUCCACAGUAUCAUGUGGGUGUUCUACUCGAUGCCAUUUGUGCACCCACACAGCAUUCCUGUUACCACCGUCAAUAGUGUUGGGUUGGUUAUGUAUAUAAUCUUCAACAUUAUAUACUACGUAAACACUAACAAAACAACGAGGAGGUCAAUGGUGCUGCAUUAUAUUGCAGAGUUUGUGUUUCUGGCUGGCUUAGUGUGGAGCACACUUGUGACUUUCGACAGCCAUGCUACGAGGUCUGGCUAUGUUGGGUUCUUUUGUGUCUUCUUUGGGAUCAUACUCUAUGGUUUAGAUCUCGGCAUUACGGUCAAGGCCAUUAGAGCAAAGAAUGUAAAAUCAAGGCUACUACUUUACUCCCUGGUUUGUUUUCUCAAUGGACUCGUAUGGAGUGUAUAUGCCUUAGUCAAGUACGAUCCUUACAUUCUGAUUGAGAAUAGCUUGGGCGCACUAAUUGGUUGUAUCCAGUUUCUUUUGUACAUUGGCUACUAUUGUGUAGAAAGAUUCAGAACCAUUAAGCUUAGUCCAGUAGAUGAUUGUUAAUUUGGUCUAAAUAUUGACCAAGAGUGAGUCCAAUACUAUUUCGUAAGUCGGAAAUGUACAUAUAAUUACAAACCAAUUUUCGCUCU